CGAAACCCAGUCUUUUAAAAUCUGGGACUAUUAUGACUGGGAUAUGGACAAAUCAAAAAUAGCCUGGUCUACGAGUUUCUCGCCCGUAAACCAAAAACAAUUCAGAAAAUGGGAGAAUUUUCAAGACUAUACUGGUGACAAUCCCUUUGUUACAUUUUGGAAGAUUGGUGACAACGUGGAAGCUAUGUCAGAGGGACCUGCAGGCGUGUGGUUUGACCUUGAAAGUCUCGAGACAAAAGGGGAAUAUCCAUUUAAAGACAACAACUUUGGUUUUCCUGAUUACAUGACGCCUAUAAACAACCCAGCACAUGAACACUAUGGCGAAGACGGAGUUACGGUGUACGGGGUGACAGCGAUGAUGAAUGUCAGUGACGUAACAAAUAUAAACAUUAUGCGAAUGAUAUAUAAAAUCCAAGACGAAGAAAGAAUACCCAUGGUCUUAUUUCAGGAAGCCGGUCCGCUAGAUUCCCGUCUGUGUAACGACGAAGGCACAUACCCAAAGUUAAAAGAUCGUAGCGGAUAUCUACAUUCCUUCGCCAUGACUCAAAACUAUUUUGUUUUACCUAUAAGUACAUUUUUCAUAGACUUGUGCAAAAUUUUCAGUAAGUUAAGUUAUGCCAUCAUUGUAUUUACGUAUUCAUUCACUAAUCUAUUGUUUAAAAUGUGUGACAUUUGUGUUGAUAAACAUAGAUUUGGCCACAAUCCAACGCGCUCUUCUAAUGGUAAUCACAAGUACGAGUUUUGAGCUGGGCGCG